AUAUAUUCUGUUAUGUACACGUGUCAUUUUAACGAUGCGUUUCUAGUGCGAUAGAAUCAACACCAAUGAGCCAUUAACUGCAAAACUAAACCAACAGAAAUUAGCGCCAAAAAUUAAAGGAAAAAACACAUAUGAAAAUGUUUUCGCUUUCAGUUUCGCCUUCUCGCCUUCUCUUCCGUCACUUGAACCCAUGUCCGCCCACCUUCACAGUCCGCUCAUCUUCAAGCAUUCAAGAAAUCGAGAAACAAGAAAACAAAGAAUUGAGCUCAGAGCUUUAUUCUACGACACCGUUUCCUUCGAUAAAAGCUGCCAAACGAGUGGUGUUGGUAAGGCACGGGCAGAGCACGUGGAAUGCUGAAGGAAGGAUUCAAGGGAGUUCUAAUUUUUCUGUUUUAACUCAGAAAGGGCAAGCUCAAGCUGAGACUUCUCGCCAGAUGCUUUUUGAUGAAUCCUUUGAUGUCUGCUUCAGUAGUCCUUUAAUUCGGUCGAAAAGAACUGCCGAGAUUAUAUGGGGAUCUCGCAAUGAGGAAAUUCUUACUGAUUCUGAUUUGAGAGAAAUCGACCUGUAUUCCUUUCAAGGACUUCUGAAGCAUGAGGGCAAGGAGAAGUUUGGGGCGGCUUAUCGCCAAUGGCAGGUAGAUGCUGCCAAUUUUAAUAUUGACGGUCACUAUCCAGUAAGGGAAUUGUGGGAACGAGCUAGAAACUGUUGGUAUAAAAUUCUAUCCCAUGAAAGCAGAUCUGUUCUUGUAGUUGCUCAUAAUGCUGUUAAUCAGGCUCUUGUUGCAACAGCUAUUGGAUUGCCAACUGAGUAUUUUAGGAUUUUACUUCAGAGCAAUUGUGGUGUAAGUGUGUUGGAUUUUACUCCCUGCCCUGAGGGUGGGUCUCCCAGUAUAUUCCUUAAUCGUUUGAAUCAGACACCAAGUUCACCUGUUGCUGCUGGAAGUGCUGCAGGCAGAAAAACCAGUAAGAGGAUCAUACUCGUUUGUCAUGGAACCAUACAGGGUGAUGCUGAGGGUAGUUUUCCUAAUCCUGGGAAUCAACCAAUGAAUAUGCUCGGAAUUAUACAGUCCCAGAAAACUGCAGAGCUUCUUCUUGAUCUGAAAGUAAGCACUAUAUUUAGCAGCCCUACAAAUGCUUGUGUUGAGACAGCCAAGGCCAUCUCCAGAGUACAAGAAGCAGCUGAUUGCUUGGGUGCCGAUUGUGUGCCACGGUAUGUAGAAUUGAAACACGUAGAGGACCUUGAUGUCAAAGACCUCCUUCAGGAAUCAAACAAGGAUGCAAGCAAGGCUCCAGGAUAUCCGUCUGGUCUUUUGAAUAUGUUGGAGGAUGAAGCACUUUUAGCACUCUGGGGUCAGUCUGGGAAAGCCUGGCAGUCUUUGUUAAACGAACUAGCCGAUGAAUCCAACCCAGAAAAAGUAGUAGUUGUAGUUGGUCAUUCUGCAAUUCAUAUAGCUCUGAUGGCACACUGUCUGAAUCUAACCAAGGAGUGGAUGGGAUCAUUUCAUCUGGACGCAGGGAGUAUUAGUGUCUUAGACUUUCCUGAUGGACCUACUGGAAGAGGUAUUAUCCGGUGCAUAAAUUACACAGCUCAUUUGGGAAGAUGGUCUAUUCCCAUUACAAGAUCAACAGUGGAUGACGAAGAGUUUUAAUGUUUAGCAAGUUCGUAUAGUGUCAAUAUUAACAUGACAUGAUACUUGAGCAUGAACUUAUAGAAAUCCUCCAAACAGACUGUGAAUCAUAAUGUAAACUAAUACUCAAUGAGAAUCGUGCUGAGUGAAAUUUGAAUUCGAAACCUUCUCACAAA